UGCAUGCUGAGUUGAGACUAUCUGUGUGGGUGUGCGUGCUUUGCCCCUUUACUGUAGCCCCCCAUGGCAGGAAGAGCGGAAUGGAGGACUUGGUGGGCCUGAAGGGCACUUUUCAGCCUGGACACACACACACAUACACACACACACACUUGCCUGCACACUAUGGGUCAUCGGCUUACAUCAGGGUGAGGCAAGCAAACGCAGCCAAGCGUAGGCCUCCAACAUACCUGGAAAAAAUAAUACACAUUGCACUGAGCACCAGAAUAAAACCACAAUCUCACGGACCAUGUAGCAGGCUGUACAAAAUGGGUUUGUGUGGAGUUAGACUGCAUUCAUAAGGUUUGAUGCCUGGAAUUAUAUAGGAGUGCCUUGAAAUAUAAUGCUAUCCUAAUGUAGGGCUGCACAAUUCACAAAUACUGUAUGCAAUUGAAUUUUUUAUUUUUUAAUAAGAAUUAAAGCACACUCACUUAGCAGCAACUUAAAUGAAUGAAGGAGUAAAUCUGUUGUUUUGAAAGGACUUUAUCCUCCAUUGUAGAAUCAAUGUGCUACUUGGCAUUGGGCUGGAAAUGUAAUGGUGUCUUGGAGAGAAAAAAGAGGAUUUCACUGAUAUCCAAUUAGCUGGGUUGGUGUCAUAUGGCAGACAAAGACAAGAGCUGAUAUGAUUGCAUGCAUAAAAUCCAAUAACUCUCUUUUGUUUUAUAUUUAUAAUGCCAAUUAAUACAGUUUUAAAAUUACAUUGUUUCCUUCUAGCUAUCUAUUGUGUAACCGGUGAUACAAAUUAUACGGGUAAUAUGCAGGCUAUGGCCAUCCUUGGUUGUUGUUUUUUUUGUUUUGUUUUGUUUUUUGCUUUCUUUCUUUUUUUUUAUUUAAUAAUUUUUGCUUUAAAUCACUUUGAAUGAGGGUCAUGUCAUAAAAAUUAAAGCUGCCAACUUAGGAAGUAGGAAGUAUUUGUACUUGAUAUUAAAAAACACAUUGUGCGAUUAUGCUGAAAUGUAUAUGCUUUAUAUGGUUAUUUCCAGAUAUUUGUUUUGGAAAGGCACUUGGUCUAAAUUCAGUAACUUCAUGAAUAGGGAAAGGAGACAAACUCCACCUUGAUAAUAACAUGCUUUGCUGUCAGUUAUGUCUUAUAUGAUGCCCUGCUGUUUUUAAUGAAAAUGCACUUGUACUGCUGAUAAAAAAAAAAUAUUGUCUACUUUGUUAGAAGUAGACUAUCAAAUUUUGAAUGUUAGGUAUUUCGGUGUUUUUAAAAAGCAUGUUCAGAAAAGCUACAUGUUUUGAUAGAAAUAAGUGAACCAGAAUUCCAGCAUGUGAAUGCAACAUUGGUGAGUGUAGCAUCAGGAAGAGCAGUAAAUAGUAAGCUCGUUCCCGCGUCUUAACGUCUCCUCUCAGCGCCAUGAUUGACGUUCGAAGAGAAGCACCUGAGGAGGAGCUACUGGUCAGAACCAACCAAUCGUGUAAGACGGGCGGAAGUUGGUGGUUCUGAUCCUUCCAAUCAGCUUGCGCGGGCGGGGUUUAUGCUCCAUAGUCGGUCUUUGCGCUGUUAACGUGUAACAAAAGCGAGAGGAUGGACCGAAUUGAGAGCGGCUGCUUGUAAGAGUGUUCAGUUCACAUCUCACCCACUGUGAUUAACCGGAGCGCGCGGUGAGACAGCUUUCAAUUUACACACGCGCUGCAAUUCACAGCUGAAGUCCAAACCGGCUAGUAGAGUUCAGCUUGUAUUUCAUAGAGUCCAGAGGCAAGCUUGUACUCCUGUGUGUGUGUGUGUGUGUGUGUGUGUGUUCACCGCUGACCGGGCGCGCGAGACAGACUGAGACGUGAGGUUUAGCCGAAGCUGCAGGGAGAGGAAGCGGCAGAUAUGGACGAGCAGCCGCGGAUGAUGCACUCUCACGCCGGGGUGGGGAUGGCAGGGCACCCCGGCCUGCCUCAGCACAUGCAGGAGGGAACCGGAGGAGCCGACGGCGACGGCAGAAAGCAGGACAUCGGAGACAUUUUACAACAAAUCAUGACCAUUACAGACCAAAGUCUGGACGAAGCGCAGGCCAGGAAGCACGCGCUGAACUGUCACAGGAUGAAGCCCGCGCUCUUUAACGUUCUGUGUGAAAUAAAAGAGAAAACAGUGCUGAGUAUCCGAGGUGCCCAGGAAGAGGAGCCUCCCGAUGCCCAGCUCAUGAGACUGGACAACAUGCUGUUGGCAGAAGGCGUGUCGGGGCCAGAGAAAGGGGGCGGGUCAGCUGCGGCCGCAGCCGCUGCGGCAGCGUCGGGAGGAGCCGGAGCCGAUAACUCAGCUGAACACUCUGAUUAUAGAGCCAAGCUCUCACAGAUCCGCCAGAUUUACCACACUGAACUGGAGAAAUAUGAACAGGCAUGUAACGAGUUUACCACUCACGUGAUGAACCUGUUGCGAGAGCAGUCGCGCACACGGCCCAUCUCGCCCAAAGAGAUCGAGCGCAUGGUCAGCAUCAUCCACCGCAAGUUCAGCUCCAUCCAGAUGCAGCUCAAGCAGAGCACCUGCGAAGCAGUCAUGAUCCUCCGCUCCCGCUUCCUCGAUGCCAGGAGGAAAAGACGAAACUUCAACAAACAGGCCACCGAGAUCCUGAACGAGUACUUCUACUCCCACCUCAGUAAUCCGUAUCCCAGUGAGGAGGCCAAGGAGGAAUUGGCCAAGAAAUGCUCUAUCACUGUCUCCCAGGUGUCCAACUGGUUCGGAAACAAACGAAUCCGGUAUAAGAAAAACAUUGGAAAGUUCCAGGAGGAAGCCAAUAUGUACGCAGCCAGAACUGCGGUGAAUGCGGCCAGCGUGUCAGCUCACGGCAGCCAGGCAAAUUCCCCCUCCACCCCCAACUCAGCAGGUUCUGCUGGCUCUUUUAACAUGUCCAACUCUGGUGAUUUGUUUAUGAGUGUGCAGUCAAUGAAUGGCGAUUCAUACCAGGGGGCUCAAGUGGGAGCCAACGUGCAGUCGCAGGUGGAUACCCUUCGCCAUGUUAUCAGUCAGACAGGAGGAUACAGUGAUGGCCUCACAGCCAACCAGAUGUACAGUCCGCAGGGCAUCAAUGCUAAUGGUGGAUGGCAGGAUGCUACUACCCCCUCCUCAGUGACCUCACCCACAGAAGGACCCGGGAGUGUUCACUCCGACACCUCCAACUGAUCCCCUCUUCACCUCACUCCUUCUUGUUCCCUCACUACUGCACAAACCAUGGACUCUCUUUUUGUUCUGUCACUCUCGGUCAUUCAUCACUAUGUUUAAGUAAUGCACUCUCUAGCUCACUAAGCUGGGUCUCUGCCAUGCUUUGGAGUGAAUCAGUCUGUUGAAGCGAUCAGGCUGAUCAGGAUUUUACUCAAACACACACACACACACACACACACACAGUUUCUGUUCUCAAAUACAGCCCUUGAUUUGUAUUAACCCCUUCAGAUCAGAUUUUUCUUUCCUAUCCUCAAUAAUUCAUUAUAAUUUUUGUUAAAAAUAAUUUUUUUUCAGUCUUAAAUAGUUUUUUGAUGCAGCUCCUAAAGUCAGUGGAUUGAAUGGAAAAACAAAUAUCCCUCCAACCUAACAUAACCAUUAUAAUGAACAUGGGGUCUGAAGGGGUUAAUGUACAAUCACACUACCUCUUAGAUAAACAACAUAAAGAACAAAUCAUAACAACAAACUUGAUUUCUCAAAUAGAAAUGAUGGCGCAUAUGACGCCCCAUUUUCCAUACCUUUUCACAUUUUUAUCAUGGUAAGAAACCAUGAACAUUUUCUGUGUCCAUAGUGCCAAAGUAUUUUUCUACAUUUUAAACACUCAUGAUUUGCAUGUUCAUUUGACGUGAUCAUAUUCUUCAUGUUGUAAUAUAGGGACAUACUGUAUUAUAAAGACAUAUUUUGUAUCUCAGUCUCUCUCCAUCAUGUAACUUGAAAUUGAUUUUUAAUUAGGCUAUACAAACAUCGCUCGUCUUUGAUUCCUAAAAACCUCCUUUCUUUAAAAAAAAAAAAAAAAAAAACGAACAAAAAAAUAUAUUUUUUUGUUGCUUUCCGUGUAUAAUCUCCACCAGUGACAAUGCAGUAGAGGCCUUUGCAAAUUAAGAAGUUUGUAACAUCUGUGUCACCUGACGACAACGAAUUUAAUAAAGUUCACCAAGUUAUGCGAUUAAAAAAUAAUAAUAAUAAUAAUAAUAACUGCAUCAGUUAAUGAAGAGCCAAAUGCUGUUGUGAACCAAAAUCACUUCUGUAAUAAGUACAAACAGAUUUGAAAUAAUGCGAACUUUAAAACUACUGUAUUUUACAGACUAUAAGAUGUUUUUAACCCUCUAGAUGGUGCUCCGAUUUAUGUUUUUGCAUAAUCCUACGCAUUGCUUAUGGUUUAACAGAAGAUGAUUGCAGCAGAAUGGUUAGCUUGAUUAUGAUUGAGAGAAGAAUACUUUCUGUAGAAGUCUUGAUGAAUUCUAUGAUUAACUGUAAAACUGUGACAUGAAUAUAGAGUUUCAUAUGACUGUAUGGUACACUACCAUUAGUUGGUGCUAAAAUAACAUUUUUAUAGUGGAAAUUAGCAAUACUGUAGCAGCAAAGCUAAGCAUGGAUUCACACUCAGAUAUUGUCCAGGCUUGACAGAGGGAUUAAGAUUGUAGCAAAGAAAACAGUAGAGUGCUCUCCUGUGGCAACACUAACAGGACAAAAACAUGGAAAUGCCACUACUUUAAUGCGGCUUAGAAAAUGAAGUGGCAUAUUCGGGAGGGUGCAUCUUAUACUCCAGAGUGACUUAUAGUCCGGAAAAUACAGUAAAUGUGUCUAUGUGAUUUACUUAUGACAUAUUUUUUCUUUUUCCUUCUAAAUAACAUUCAGAAAACAGCAGAGGACUUCACAGCUACAUAUAAUGAAUCAGAUUUUCUAAUAAAUUUGAUGUGUGACUGUUGUGAAGUCACUUUCACAUUUGACCCCUUUUUAUCAUCUAAGAACUGAACCAACCCAACUAAGGACAACUGAACCUUGCUUUUAAUUUAUGGUCUUUCUUGGCAACAACAUAUCACAUAUCCGUCAUUACUUUGAUACCAAAAACAGCAGACAUGUCCAUUUUGUUUAUAUUCACCAUUUUAACCAAUGUCCACAUUGUAAAUGAUGUAUUAUCUUCUGUACCUGGGCUUGUUUCUUAGCGAAAGCCCCAGUGCUUCGUAUUCCAAACCAAAAAUGCAGUCCGAAUUCAGUAGUGUUUGUCAAAAGAAACAUGGCACAAAAAUGCAGAAAACAUUUGCGUAUAUUUUUACGUCGUCAUGUUGUGAAUAGCCUAAUACGCUUUUCUUUUUCGCUUCAGCUCUGUUAUGAGACAUUUUUCUUUUUUUUUGUUUGUUUGUUUGUUGUUUUUGUUUUGUUCUUGCUUUAGCAUAAUGUGAAUUAGCCCAAGAAUGCGCUAUGUACGUAGAUGUGCACCUUUUUGUUCUUAUUUUGCUCUUUUAAACAGAGUUUAAAAAUGAUACAUCUUGUGCUUCAUGAAAAACGUGAAUCGGGUCUCUGAUGGGCAGGCUAUGUCUUCAAGAAAUCUUUUGGGAUUUGAUCAACAUAAUAAAUAUGAAAUUCCUAACGCAAAGUGACAAGGCCAACACUUAUGGCCAAUUUAGAAUAAAGUGUAUAACUGCACACUAAUCUUAUCACACCAAAACAAUCAAGUGUGUUGUGCAUCGCACAUCGAUUAUGAUUCUAUCGUGUUGCUUGUAGCAAAUCAGCAAAGCUUUUUUGUCACAUUAAACACUGUAAUUUAUUUAGUUAGAUGCACCAUCCAUCACUAAGCUAUAUCAUGACAUUUUAUAAUGAGCACCCAUUAAGAAAGAGGACCCUUUAUUUCCGUGUCUUGAGAGUCCAGCAUAGUUUGCUGAUUUCCUGAUCUCUAACACAUCUACAAAUGGGGUUUUAAAGGGACAGUAUUGACAAGAAUGACAAUGUCAUUUUUGGCCAAACUUCCUUUAAAUAAUGACUUGAAUGACUGUGUGUUAGACCUGAAAAUCACCAAACAGUGCUGGACUCUGGACACACACGGACACUCCUGUUUGGCAACAGGAAUCAGUCAGGUCCAAAAAAGCUCCAUCUGCAUAAAUUAUUAUUCUAGCAUGACCUGUAGCUCCUCAAAAAAGCCUAACAGCAAGUGUUAGUGUAGACUGUUCAGUUAGACGCACCAUCCAUCGCUAAGCUAGAUAACGUUCAAUAAUAUAAUAAACAAACUUGCUGAUUUGUUGUAACUCAGAGAGCCACAUCAGUGCUUGUGUUAGAGAAAAAAAAUAAGUGCUAAACGCCAUCCAUUCACACAGAAACACAGUUGGUCAAAUCUGGGUUGAAGAGUGACAUAAUAACCCUAAACACACGCUCUCACACACACACACGUCUCUCAUCGCCUGCCCGGUUUCAUCGUAUUGUUGAAAGCUUCAUGUAAUGAUGCUUUUAGUUUUUUUGCAUAUGAAGCAAUUUGUAAAACAUCAAAUGUUUACUUUGUUGCAUGUCUUUUGUUCUUUAAAAAAAAUAUCCUGCAGUGUUUUUGAAUGUUUCUUUUUCUUUUCUUUUUUUUUUAAUAAAUAAAUGAAUAAAUAAAUAUAUAUAUAUAAAGCGCGGAGACUUUCUCUUGCUGAGUUUUAACUUUUAAGAUCUCUGCAUAUGUAUAAUAAGGAAUUAAAAACGGAACAGCAAAUUAUUGUCUUUUCAAUUCCAACUUGUUUUUGUGAAGGAAAAAAAAACUAACAAGGUGUAGGUUUUCUGGUCUCUUAAUUUGUACUGGUAAUGCAUAUUCCAAAUAAAUAGUUUCUUUUG